AUGCGUGUCCUGACGCCCUUCAUAAGCUUCAUCGAUAGGUAUUCCAGGGCGGUCGAUAAUCUGACACAAUAUGCAUCCAAUCCGGCCUCGCUGAUCUGGGGAUGCCUUCGUGUCUUGCUCAGGGUAGCACAGUCUGUGAAUUUCUACUUUGAAGGCCUGCUACGUCUGAUCCAGAAUCUCGGGGAGAGGCUGUCGGUGUUCAACCGCUACGAAAAGCACUUCUCUGAGAUUGAAGACUUCAAAGGGGCCUUGUCAGACACGUAUAUGGACGCCCUGGUGUUUCUGCGCCAGGCGCGAGCGGUUUUUGUACGCCUCACAGCCCCGUCGGGAUCCCGUGUGCCUGUCCUCCUCAAGAGCGGGAUGAUGUGGCUCGGGAGGGCGUGGCAAAAUUUUGAAACCGAAUUCAGUGAUAUAACGGACAGGCUGAGUCGUCGAUUUGAUUAUCUCGGGCAUCUUGUGACUUUUAUUCAUCGAGACGGUCUCAAUGUGGAUAUGAAGAUCCAACAGCAGUUCAGGAGCGAGACUACAAAAGCCCUUCAGCAGAUUGUCAAGGCUUCCCCAGCUGAACAAGAUGACACAAGCCCUCAAACGGAUCUCAACCGUGUGGGCUGGCUGUAUGGAAAUGCUGGGAUCGGAAAGACGGUCAUGAGCGCCGUCAUCACUGAGCAUCUGCUAAAGCGCCUAGCCACUACCGUACAGCAUACUAAUAAUAUCAGCACCCGGGGCUUGGUGGCAUACUUCUUCUUCGACAAGAGCGAUGUGGCCAAGAACACCAGCCUGGCCAUGUAUCGAACGCUCAUAUAUCAGCUCCUCAGUCACUCCUGGCCCUCGGGGACGACCAUAGAGAUGGCGUUUCAGGCCGCCAAGAUCUAUGGGCGCAUGCGGUUCAGCCGAGCAGACGGCCCGGUAUCCUUGCUACGUGAUCUAUUGCAUGGACUCGAUAGUCCAAUAUAUCUUGUGAUUGAUGCUUUGGACGAGUGUCAAGACAUCAGCGAGGCUUUGGGCCCUUUGAUCGAUACAAUUCGGUCUGUUGCAAAUUGUCGCGUACUCUUCCUCAGCAGAGAUAUGCCGCCCAUCCGGGAUGCUCUAUCCGGACUACCAUCGCUGCGCAUCGCCUCAGAGUCCACCAAGUCCGACGUCGACAUGUAUCUUUCGACCGCGGUUGACCAAUUGGAUGUUCCAAUCUCAAACACAGGCCUACGAGACGACAUCCUGUCACGCCUGUCUCGAGGCGCGGAUGGCAUGUUUCUCUGGGCCCACCUCAUGGUCCAACAACUACACACAGCAACAUCGCCAGCAGAUGUGAUGAACAUGGUUGCAGGGCCACCAGCAGGCCUGUCCGCAUUCUACAAUCAUGUCUUACAAGGCCUCGAUAGCGAGCCGAAGCAAUGGAGAGAUCUAAAGAGCAACAUCAUCAGCCGGGUUCUCUGCAGCCCGCGGCCGCUGAAGUGGGCGGAGCUGCAAGUGAGUCUCUCAUUGGAGGUGCGAGAAGAGAAAAACUCACAGCAGGCUUGCCUCCAGAGGCGCCCUUACCAAGCCCUCGUGCUCAAACUUUGCCAACCGUUUGUCGAGUACCAUGCUGAGACGGACUGCUUUCGCCCAGCUCAUCUGAGUGCCAUCCAGUUCAUGUCGAACCGGGACGAGCUCGAGGAGACGGCGACUCCAGGCACACGUCAGCUGAGUCUACCAGCCGAGCACCAGAAGAUCGCCAAGCUGUGUUUGAAUUACAUCAACCUCAACCAGGUCCACGACGCAUCGUCUGUAAGCGCCACCACCUACCCACUGGAGAGCUACGCAACCGCAUACUGGUGUCAUCAUCUUGUCCACGCCGAACCUGAUACCGAACUAUGUACCAGGGCUGCGAGGUUCUUGGCCUCGGACGAGAGGCGCCGUGUCUGGCUGACACGUCUGCUCCUGCGCAGAGGCGAGCCCUGUACCCUGCAGCAGGUCCUGGUUCUCCUCCGUCAGGCACGCAGCUGGCUCCAAACAGUCACCAAAGAAGAAGAGCAAGAAGAUGGUGAUAAUGAUAUUAGAUGCCAGGAGAAGCAUUGCGAGUUCGAUGAGCUGCAAGACAUGCUCGAGGUCCUCAUACGCCUCGACCAAGAGUGGCUAAGGACAAGAAGCGGGACAAGAGAAAUAGUCAACUCAAUACAGACGAGGGACGCUCAGGAAGGUGUCAGGAUGGUCAAACACGUCAGCACGUUCGACAAGACUAUGGUGCUCCGGGACCUCGUGCGCGAGUACACUAUGAAGGGCGGACAAGACGAGGCCGUCGCUCUGUUCAAAGCCGCGCACCUACGGCUGGAGAACACACCGGGCGCUGAACCAGGCGACGCCGCCUGGCUGCUGAACGGCCUCGGCCUCGCGCUCGACAUGCAGAACUUAACAGAGCUCUCCAUCGCCACACAAAAAGAAGCCCUGGAAAGCCAGCUCGCGGCAGCCGCAGCCGCAGCCACCACAGCAGCACAAGGCCAACACUGCCACAUCCCCACCACCAUGCCAGGCCCCAACCACGCCCUCGACAGCCUCCACACCAUGAACGAGCUCGGCCGCCUACACCGCCACCUAGGCCAGGUCGCCGAGUCCGAGGCGAUGCACAGGCGCGCCCUGGCAGGUCUCCGCGCCGCCGGCCUCCCCUCGACAGACCUGCAGGUCAUCUGGACCAUCAACACCUUGGCGCGCUGUCUACGCCGCGCAGGGCGGCCCCGCGAGGCCAUCCCUCUACACGCCGAGGCCCUGGCGGCGCGCACGACGGUGCUGGGCGCAGCGCAUCCUUUCACGCUGUGGAGCCUGAGCGACCUGGCCAAGUGCCAUCGCGACGCGGGCGAGCUGGAGACGGCGCGGGCCCUGCUGGAGAAGCAUGUGCGCGGGCGGGAGGAGGCGCUGGGGGUGCGGCAUUUCGAUACGCUCUGGGCGAUGGGGGAUCUGGGGCUUACGUGUGAGAUGAUGGGGGAUCUGAGGGAGGGGUUGCAGUGGCAUGAGAGGGCGUGGGAGGGGCAGAGAGGGACGCUGGGGGAGGGUCAUCCGGCUGCGGUGUGGAGUAUAGAGGCAGUGAAGAGGUUGAGGCGGAGUUUGGAUGAAGACAAAUGA